ACAAACCAUGAUACAAUGAAAAUAAUACCGAUGUUAUAUUGUUACCCUUUUAUUGAAGUAACAAGAAAAGAGAACAACAUAGACAUGGUAGACAUAUUUUUAAGCGUAUAUCCAAGGGAAAGAAAUUUAUUACGAUGUUGCUUGAUUAUGUUGAUUGUUAUCUAUGGAAUAAUACAUACUUUUGCCGUAUACAAAAGAACACGCUAGUACGUUUGUUAGGAUAAUUUAUUGAUUUGUUGCGUGAGCGAACAAUACAUGAACAAGAAAUGAUCGUAACAUGACUUUAUAGAACCAAGAAGCAGAUGUAAACAGUAUCUGUAGAUAUAAUGCAACAAAGUACAAAGUUCUACCUGAACAGAUUAUAUUUCAUACAGUAUCUGUUUUGUACAUCGAGUAACCAAUGCAUUGAAAUAUACCACAUUUUUUAUCUUAAUUUAUUAAAUUUUUAAUCGUUCCAUUAACAAUGCUAUCAUCGCGUUCAUUGAAACGAAAAAAUUGUAUAUUCUGUACUAUCGCUUAAUGUAUACAUGUAAGUUAUAUAGAGAACGGUAUUUGUGACAAGAAAAGAUGAAAAGUUAUCAACUUCCUAUGAACUCCGUUUCCUAUGCACCUCGACAAACAUUAACAUGGAACUCCUGCAUUAUUCUUACAUAAUUCAUACGAAAUUUAACGUCAAUGACAUUCGCAAUACAGGUGCCAGCAUGCACUUUGUAUAUUAUGCUUUUGCAAAAGAUAAACGAGAUACGGGUUUCACAAACCCCGUACGCGUAUAUAUAAGAACAAGUUCGUUGCUCCUCCAAGUACUUGAACUUGAAAUUUGUAACGUGCAGCAUGGCCUUCGUAUUAGAAACUGUUCUACUAUUUUUAUUUCGACUAGCGUUCGCUCGAAACACGCAAGAUAUCGAAAUUGUUUUAUUACCAUUAUGGAAUGCAGAAGAUAGCGCGAAGAUCCCUUUAAGUUUCAAAGCUUUCGACCAGUCUGUUCAGCUAAUAUUACACAGAAAUGAUAAGAUCACGGCACCUCGAUUUAAAGCUUGGAAACACGGCGAUGCGGAUAGCAUGGAGGAAUUGACAGAGCUUGGUAAAUCAGUUUCGUGUCAUUACCUCCAUCGAGAUGAUGUUAGUUCCGCGGCAGUGAGUCUCUGCGGAGAACGGGGAGUGCAUGGCUUCGUUUUCCUAAAGAACAUCACGUUAGAGAUCACGCCGCUUCAGAGUCAGGAGAUCUCAUUCUUCGACGAUCGUUACGUACGACGACGUUCAGAGAUACUAGGAGAGCCUCACGUCGUCAAAAGAGCCUACCGUCCUUUCGCGUUUUUCGAGGACGACGCGGAUUAUCAUGCUCAGCUUGGUAAUUACGUAACAGACGGAAACGAGCGAGGAGAACCGCUCGAGAACUUCAACGAAGAUAACGUGAACGAUGCUUUGACGUUAGAAUUGGCAUUGUUCUUCGACGAGACUGGCUACAAUCUCUUCUCUCCAUUUUUCGAUGAUAAUUUCGACGAGAAAAUCCUCGACAUGCUGUUAGCCUACGUAAACGGCGUGCAGGCGAUUUAUCAUCAUCCAAGUUUAGGAAUUGCAAUCGACAUUUCUCUGGUUAGGCUGGAGAUCAUGCAGAAGCAGCCUCGCGAUCUGCCGCAUCACAACGGCGAACGAGGGAAAUUAUUGGACUCCUUUUGCAAUUACGCAGUGACGAAGAAUCCGCGGGAUGAGUUUCAUCCUAGCCAUUGGGACCUGGGCCUGUACGUUUCUGGUCUGGAUUUCUACGUUGCGGAGACCGGGCGAAAAAAUAGCGCUACCAUGGGACUGGCAGUAGUAGGUGGACUGUGCAUCGACCAAUAUUCUUGCGUUAUUGCCGAAUUAGGCGUGACGGAUCAAUUUGGGAAACCUUUCCCAUCGGCAGGAUUCACGUCCGUGUACAUAGCAGCGCACGAAAUCGGUCACAAUUUAGGUAUGCAUCACGACUCGACUGGAAAUGCGUGUCCAAAGGACGGCUACAUAAUGUCACCCAGCAGAGGAACCAAUGGCGAGACCAUUUGGUCGGAAUGUAGUCGGAACGUGGCUGAAAAGCUUCCGUAUACGAAGCCCUGUCUCAAAGACAGGCCAGCCUCGCUUACAAAUAGCGGACUCGAUCAUACCAAGUUCUUCAAUUUGCCAGGCAGGGAAUGGACCGCGAAGAGGCAGUGCGAAGUAUUCCUCCGUGACAAAGAUGCCACUGUAGCCACGUAUUACAAAGUCUGCGAGUCUCUGCAAUGCAAGACCGUGCACAGAAGCGGGUAUUACUUCGCUGGACCUGCUUUGGAUGGGACUUACUGCGCACCUGGCAAAGAGUGCCGCGGCGGUGAAUGCAGAAACGCCGUGCAAAUGUACCCCGGUUUCAUUCAACCGGGAGGAUGGAGCGAGUGGAAAACAGGACCCUGUAAAAGUGGAUGCCUGUUGAGAUCGAGCGGCGCUCAAACUAGGCAACGAUACUGCGACAGGCCAACGCCGAAGUAUACAGAAACCGGUUGCCAGGGAUCGCACUACGACGUGCUCCUUUGUAGGGAUGACAGUCUGUGCAAGAGGAAACGUAAGAGCGCGAACGAGUUCGCGACACUGAGGUGCGAAGAGUUCAGCGAAAAAUUGCCAGAAUUGGACGCGAAGGGUGGCGGGCUGCAGGCGCCGCACGAGCCCGAAAGGCCGUGGAUGGCCUGCGCUAUAUUCUGUCGGCGAAAAGACAUAGCGUCUUAUUACACGCCGCGCGUGGAAUUAAACGAUCUUGGCCUUGACCCAUACUUUCCAGAUGGGACAUGGUGUCACGCCGAGGAGGGACAAAAUUAUUUUUGUCGCCAGCAUCACUGUCUGCCGGAGAGCUUUCGUUUCGAGAAAACAUUGUUGAACGAUCGUCAGCAGAACGACGACUUGGAAUUUGGGCCUCAAAACGCACAUGCCGGGGGGCUUCGUCUUGACGAUCAGACGAUCAAAUAUUUGAGCUUGGGCCCCGACGGAUUGCCCCUUUUGACCUCUCUGUUGUACGGUAUUGGGUUUCCGCCAGACGAGGACGAAUGGAUCGAUAAAGAUUACGUAGAGUUGGUGGAACUAACGGGGUGAGCUCUCCCCGAGUCGUCGCAUCGGAUAAGAGAGUAACGCGAACUAAAGCGAAAUACUUCGCUAGUACGACUAGUUACUUUCGUUCUGAAUUGUUAUUUACUUUGUAAUUAUCUUUUUAUUGAUAUCAAUAUUUUCAUUUCAUUUCGAUAAAUCAUAAAUUCAUAAGUCGUGUGAAUUUGUAACAUGUGAUUGACAAGGCACACAGUAUUAACUAAUUUUUAAGAUAGAAGAAUUUAGGAUUGUUAAUAUUCAAAAAUUUUUCGUGUCUUAUCUUCUCGUUAUUGUCCAACCGUUUUCUCUACGAAGUAUAAAUAUAAAAAUACAUAUACGUAUGUUAAAAUGAAGGGUGUAAACCUCAUACGUGAAUAUAUAUAUAUACGUGCGUAUUCAUACAGAAAUUCUACUAUUUCACUACACAGUUGUGUAUGAAAGUAUCUCGGGAGAUAGGACGAUGACGUCACCUACUUCGCUGUCUAUUUUAAGAGUGUCCCGAUGUUAUAUCUAGCGUAGGAGCGAUCAUGAGACAAAAGGACUGAAUAAAAAUACAAAAUUGUGUCACUUAA